AUGGACAAUUACAGAGCAGGCAAGCGCAGUUCUAUCUCUUUUGGCAGUUUCCAAAGACCCAUGGUGAAUUUUAACCAAAAUGAUCUGUCAUACUACUCGCCACGGCAAAUGUAUGCAGCGCAGCAACCGCCAACACAGCAAACACCAAUGGGCUUUUAUCCGUGCCGCUACGAGGCCAAUUUCCCACUGUAUGCGUUGGAUUGGAGCUCCGAGGACUACGUGGCCGUGGGCUCGUACCGGGAGGACAGCUACAACAAACUGCAAAUUUUACAUUCUUCAGACGUGAUUUCGUGGGAAAAAGUGGGAGAAGCCAACAGCGUUUUUCCCAUCUCUAAAAUCCAGUGGUGUCCCAAUGGGGGUUCCCAGCAGCUGGCAACGUGCUCAGACUCGUUGCGGUUGUGGACGUUUACCGAUUUCGCGCUAGAAGAACAACUCAAUUUAUCCAUGCAACGGUACAACAAGAGUAACGGCAAUUCUAGUGGAGCCGGCAACGGUGGCAAUGGUAACGCAGGCUCUACAGCGACUUUGGGACAACUACCACCGGUCUCGUCUUUCCAUUGGAACCCCACAGAUCCCAACUUGCUGAUUUCAAGCUCCAUCGACACCACUUGCACCGUUUGGGAUCUACAAUCGAGCAAUUACGCCAAGACUCAGCUGAUUGCACACGAUAGCGAAGUGUUUGACGUCAAGUUUUUGACGCAAUCGACGCAGCUUUUUGCAAGUUGCGGCGGUGACGGUAGCGUGAGGGUGUUUGAUUUACGGUCUUUGGCGCAUAGCACUAUCAUUUAUGAGCCUACUAGUGGCCAUUCUUCUUCAUCGUCGCAGUCAUGCGACCAUUUAAACAGUGGUAAUGACGGUAAUGGUGGUGGCUCUAUCGGGUCGAGUGCGGAUAAUGGACAAAAUGCGCUUUUGAAGCUGGAAUCUUCGCCUUUCGAUCCGAACGUGGUGGCUACUUUUGCGCAGGACUCUACAAGUGUAUUGAUCUUGGACAUGCGAUACCCGGGAACCCCAGUUUGGACGCUGGACGGCCACUCUGGAGCGGUGAACCAGAUCCAGUGGCACCCUACGCGCCACAACGUGCUGCUAUCUGGCGGAGACGAUUGUCAGGCGCUUGUGUGGGAUCUGAACACACAGACCAGCGCUGGUGGGAGCGCUGGAAGCGGUGGGAGCGGUGGUACGGCAAAAUGGAGCAGUGGCAAGAUGGGAGUGCAAUCGAUGGAUACGCCGCAACAGGCGUACGACGACACGAACUACGAGAUCAACAAUGUAGUGUGGAGGCCCGAGGGUGAUUGGUUUGGCGCUAAUAUGGGACGUCAUUUCCAGGCGGUGAGGACCUAG